CCAACUUCCAUGCGUGUCCAUAUUUUCGAGUCAAGAGGGAUCCCGCAAGGCGUUCCGUACGAACAUUUGACCACUGGGUCCGCAGACGCAGACAUUCUUCUCACGGAUCUCCUCAAGAAUACCCAUCUACAACCCUCCCAACAUAGCAUCGCGGCGUUUCAGCAUAAGCAAUUCGACUUUACAUGGCAGUGGUCAACCAAGAGUGUAGCCCAGAUCACGGGGCCACUGGACAAUCAUUCGGGAACCGGGCUGGAACUGUUGCUCAUGCCACUGCGCCGUUGGGUCCCAAGUGAUGUCCCAGAUGACGUUAUGCUCUUCAUUGUGCUCUCAGCCCCGGAGACCCCCAUCGAGCGACGCAUUGCCUUUGCCCCAACUCCCAGCCAAAGAGCUAACAAGCAAUCUCUGAUCUUCGAAUGCCAACAAGACGAACAACUGCGAUUACUAAAUGGCACUUGGGUGCCUCUCGAUGCGGAGGAGACGACCAUUGACUCAAGGUUCGACUGUCUUCCCGCAGUCUUCUAUCACGAGGCCUUUCUCAAUUAUGCAAUGAAACUCGACGAGCUGCACAGUUUGAGUGAGGGUGAACUGAACGAUAAACUUAGAGAAGUAGAAUCAUUAAGCAAUAAGCCCCAUAUGACGCUUCAAGAAGCAGAGACACUCCUCACCGCCCUCACUUGCACAUACCUAGACGAGGUGCAGAUGCAAGCAGCUCUCCAACCUCUCGUACGACGUUACUUUGGACCAAAGAUACUUCCCAUCGACACCAAAACGAAUCUCAAAAUGUCCAUUUCCGAAGCCUUAGAUGCCGAUGUUGAUGACAUUGGGCGCGUCAAUGGGCAUCUGAUCGUCAAGGUCGAUGAAUACAAGACACGUGCUGUGCCAUCGCUGCAGGGCGUUCUGGGCUCUCAAAAACAUAGCGUUGAACCAAUUCUCUUAGAGCAAGAGUGGGCGAAAGAGUACCCGACGGCGUUUCUCCGCAAAUUCUAUCCCAUUCUCGUUACUAGUUACCAUGGCUCGAAUAUUACUCCCUUGAUCAGCCUCCGGAAGGGAGACCAGUGGUUUUCUCAUCCCCUCGGCCACUCAUUUGAUCCGCUCAAGUAUGGUUUCUCAAGUAUCAAGCGCAACGACACUGUCCUAAAGCGUCUGGCUCUUUUUUUUGGCUACUGUUACUUGUUGUGCCUAGACAUCGAGAAGAUUUGCUCCGCAGAGACGACACCGCCACCCGUAGCACCGCAGAUCUUCCCUGCAGAUCAUGAUGAUGGAGGCUUCCUCUCUCAUUCGAAUGUCCCUGAUCCAAAGGUGCCACAGAUCAUGAUUGCAGAUUGGACACGCAACAACUCCUCAUCUGACAAUCGAACAUUGACAGUGGUUCUCAAAUUCGUUUCUUCUCGAUAUGGCACCAAAGCACAUAUGUUAGCCCAAGGACUGGGGCUUGCUCCAGCCCUGAUCCAUUUUGGUCCUGUCCCAGGCUCAUUAGGUUAUCAUGUGGUGGUUAUGGAGUAUGUCUCCGGCAUUGCCCCAGACAAACGACACGUGACGGCACUCGAAAACGCAAUCAAGCAGCUAGAUGAAAACCAGCUUGUCCACGGUGACUUACGCCUACCAAACAUCAUCUUCCUUGAGGAUGGCAGUCUGAAGAUUAUCGACUGGGACUGGGCAACAGCAGCCGAUGAACCAUCAAUCAAAUACCCCGAUAACCUCGAUACAACCCAGGAAUUUUGGGUAGGCAAGGCUGGCAAGACCAUCACCGCGGAGGAUGAUAUCAACAUGUUGAAGGGUCUAGUAGAGAAACUCGGAGGGAGCAAAAGACGAGCAGAGGAAGAAGCAGGUCCAGACAAGGUCAAGCGUAUGCAAACUGUUGCUUGA